GUCCCGUCAGCAGAGCGCACUGUGCGCAACAGCAGGACGCGCAGCCAGUCAACGGCGGCGGCUCCCCGUCCUGCAACCACACAGCGCGGACUGGGGCUUCGCUCCGCAACCUGAACAUCAUCACUCACUCCAUGGACUUCAGGAACGACAACAACCCACAAAUGUUGCCGUUUUCUCUGCUCUCCUCCUCCGUUUGAAUUCGCCACACACUUUUCUUUUGCGCGGGUGGGGAGACAUGGCUUCAUCCGUGAGCGGCACAGAAGAAGUGCGCGUGUCGGGGCUCACGCCGCUGAAGUUGGUGGGACUCGUGUGCGUCUUCCUCGCGCUGUGCCUGGAUGUCGGGGCCAUCAUUAGCCCGGCGUGGGUCACGGCCGAGGACCAGUACUACCUGUCCUUGUGGGAGACCUGCUGGAAGCCCGUCAGCUCCGUGGACUGGUCCUGCAGCAGCACGCUGGCCACCGACUGGCAGAUCGCCACACUGGCCAUGCUUCUUGGGGGAGCAGCCCUCACCCUGCUGUCCUUCCUCGUGGCGCUGGUCUCCCUGUGCUUCAGCUCCAGGAGUCGCUGCUACAAGCCCGUGGCCGUCAUGCUGUUCUCCGCAGUGGUCCUUCAGGUCUGCAGCUUAGUCUUGUUCCCGAUCAAGUUCAUCGAGACGGUCAGCCUGAGAGUGUACCACGAGUUCAACUGGGGCUACGGCCUAGCCUGGGGAUCCACCAUCUUCUCCUUCGGAGGCGCCAUGCUCUACUGCCUGAACCCCAAGAACUACGAAGAUUAUUAUUAAAAGAUGUCAGAAAAGGCAAGGGGGGUAAAAAGUGUUCUCAUGCUGUAGUUUUAUGAACUCUCUCUGUUCCACAGUGCACAACCACAGAGGGGAA